AUGUUACUUAUUCAAUUUAAAAAUAUUUAUUGCGAUGCCAUGAACUUCCAUUGGCUCAUCUUCAACUUCAUGCAAUUCAUUUCUCAAUUCACUUAUCCAGAUGAAAUUCUUGCUUGCAAUUUUACUUUUGUUACAUUUGUUUCUGCUUAUUCUCCUUGGAUGUUUACUUUCAAUUCAGUAAAAGUUUUCCUCGAAGCACGGAAGUUAAACAAACCUUCAUGUUUACAAAAAGAAUUCAUUCUUGAUCGCCAGAUGAGUGUUGAUUCAUUUCAAAGCAUCCAAGCGACCCUUUCGACUUAUUCAUGUCAACCUAAACCCUUCACAUCGAUGCUUCACAGCAACGUGUUGUCUUCAUGUGUUAGGCCCGUUGUAAAAAUAUCUCCAAGGGAUGACGACGCUUUCAAGAAACAAAAAAGCAAUCCAACAAUCACGUUGCUUCCGAGAACAAACAUUCACGUUUCGUGUCAAAAUCGUAAUCAAUCAUCUCGAAGAAAGUGUUUGGAUGCUUAUUUAUAUUUAUCUGAGCUUUAUGAAAGAGUCUUCGUUCAUGAAGAUGAAUGUGAGAAAUGGCACAGAGGAAGCAAAAGAAGGUUUUUAUUUCUUCUUGGUGUUUGUUCUGACUCAUGUCACGACUGGUGCAAGAAGAAAGCGUUAAGCAACAAAAUGCGGUUUCAUUAUGAUGUAAUAGCAUCUACGAGAUGCUUCAGUGCUUACGCAGUCACAUGGAAACUUUCAAGAAGGUUUCAACGAUGCAGACAAUUCUCGAAAUCUGCAAUUGUGCAGUUUAUAUCAUUGCAUAAUGCUUCAACAGUUGUUUACAAGUUCUUGAUUAAUAAUUAUCGAGGUUGUGAUGGAAGCAACAAAACUUUAAUUACAGAAGAUUGUGUUGCCUUGACAUUGAUGGAAGAUUUUUUUUUUCGACAAUUCUUUGGAGUGAAUGAAGUGAAAAGCAGCAAUCAAGUAAACAACAAAUUAAUAGACUUGAAAUUGGUACAAAUUGUGACUUUAUUCGCUUUAAAUUAUCAAUACACAAGAAAAUAA